AUGGAUACCUGCAACAACUGUGCUAAAUUGGAAGAAGAAUUGACUGCUCGGGCUCUCAAGGCUGAAAAGGAACGAGAUGAAUUGAAACUGUUUAUUCAGGAAACAUUUCACGAAAUGUUUGAUAUAAAGCCCGACUUCAACACACUUACCCAUGCACUUAAAGGUACUCGACACAAAUAUCGAAUGCUUUAUGAAAGAUCCAAGUCGCCUCUAGUUCGGUCUCUAUUCCCGCAAAUUCCGUCCCUGCCCCCGCAAGAGGAGGAGGAGGAAGAAGAAAUUAAUAAUGAGGAAGAAGAAGGAGGUGAUGGUUCAAUGGAAGAGGGGGAGUUGGAAACUACACAAGUAGAGGAGAAUGGAGGAGAGGAGAAUGGGGAAAAUAACCAAGUCAUUGAGCCACAUCUUCAGCCGUCUACUCCUACUUCCAUUACACAACAAGAACAACAACAAAUUUCUUCAUCUUCUGCAUCUGCCACUCAAACUGAUGAGCCAGCACUUCAAUCGUCUACAAUGAUUCAAGAAGAACAACAACCUCCAACUUCUCAAAUUACUAAUGUGGUUGAGGGACAAAAUGCUAAUGAUGAGCCUGCACUUCAAACGUCUACAAUUCAAACGUCUACAAUGCUGCAAGAAGAAGAACAACAACCUUCAACUUCUCAAAUUAAUAAUAAUAAUGUGGUUGAAGGACAAAAUGCUAAUGAUGAGCCACCAGAACGUAAACGACGACUCCCACAACGGAAGAGGAAGCUGUUCAAGAAGGAGGAGGAGGCAAAGAAGGCAAAAGAAGCACAAAAUGAAACCACCCAAAAUGAUGGUUGA